GUCCCCAUGCUAGAGUGGCCUGGCUGUGACGUGGAUGGGGCCCAGAGACCCAUGGCUCCGGUUCUGAGGCCUCAGGCUCUCUUUUGUGGCCGAGGGCGCGCCCCUUUCUUCUCGCCCGAUUCUAGGCCGGCCCCUGACUUUUGAUGAGAGAGAGGGGUCAGCGCCUGGGAAGGACCGGGCUUUGUUCCCGCCGGGCCCGUUCCCGAGGCGGCGCAGGCCCAGCCGCCCAGGGCUCCCGUCCCAGGCGCGCGGCCCGGCCUGCCCAGAAGCCAGUACCCGGAGAGCGACCGAGCGCUCGGGCCUCGCGCGCCCGGGCGUCCCCGUGUCCCUGCGGGCGCGGCCGCCGCCGAGUACCCGGCUUGCGCCCGGCACGACUGUAGAUGUCAGGCUUUGCCCGGGGAGCCGAGCGGCGGCGGGGCUGUGAGUUUCAAAUUAACCUUCCGCUUUGUUGCUGUGUAAUGUGGAUCCCCGAAGGCCCCCCGCCCCGCCCGCCCCCCUUCCCCGGGCGGUGAGCCUGCAAACUGCGAGUUGAGCUUCAUUUACAUAAAGCGAUUCCGGGCGGGCGGUGAGCCGGCGGCGGGCAGGCCGGGGACCCGGACGCGAGCGCCGCGCCCCGUGGGUGAAUCCCCGCCGCGCGACCGGGGGACCCUCCCUCCCAGGGAGGGGCGACCGCCAGCCCCCGCCGCCACCAUGCGCCCCCCUGCCCUGCCUGCGGCCCCCCUGCACCUAGACAGAGCCACCUCGGAGUCCCGGGGGCGGCGGGAGGUGGGGAGAAUGCCGCCUGGGGUGGGUAAGUUCGGGGCUCCGGUGCCGCUGGAAUUUCCCAUUGUCGAGCGCGCCGCGGCCCCCGGACCUGCGAGUGCCUCCUCCCUCCGGAGGUGUGCGGAGCCUUUGUGUGCCAGGUCCGAUCCGUACUGGGUGCAAUGAAAGCUCUACGCAGGCCUUACCAUGGAAGGCUGUGACUCGCCCGUCGUCUCGGGGAAGGACAAUGGGUGCGGUAUCCCUCAGCACCAGCAAUGGACUGAACUCAACAGCACCCACCUCCCCGACAAACCCAGUAGCAUGGAGCAGUCCACAAGCGAGAACCACGGGCCCCUGGACAGCCUGAGGGCCCCCUUCAAUGAGCGCCUCGCGGAGAGCUCCGCCUCGGCCGGCCCCACCGCCGAGCCCGCCGGCAAGGAGGUCAGCUGCAACGGGUGCUCGGCCUCCUUCGCCAGCCUGCAGACCUACAUGGAGCACCACUGUCCCAGCGCGCGCCCCCCGCUGCCCCUGAGGGAGGAGAGCGGGAGCGACACCAGUGAGGAGGGGGACGAGGAGAGUGAUGUGGAGAACCUGGCUGGGGAGAUAGUCUACCAGCCCGACGGCUCGGCCUACAUUGUCGAGAGCCUGAGCCAGCUGACCCAAAGCGGGGGCGCCUGUGGCAGCGGCAGCGGCCCCCCCCCCUCGCUCUUCCUGAACUCUCUCCCCGGGGCGGGGGGCAAACAAGGGGACCCUUCUUGUGCUGCACCAGUCUACCCACAGAUCAUCAACACUUUCCACAUAGCCUCAUCCUUCGGGAAAUGGUUUGAGGGCCCAGACCAGGCUUUCCCGAAUACCUCAGCCCUGACGGGGCUCAGCCCCGUCCUGCACAGCUUCCGCGUGUUUGACGUGCGACACAAAAGCAACAAGGAUUACCUGAACAGCGACGGCUCCGCCAAAAGCUCCUGCGUAUCCAAAGAUGUUCCCAACAACGUGGACCUGUCCAAAUUCGAUGGCUUUGUGCUCUACGGCAAGAGGAAGCCCAUCCUGAUGUGCUUCCUGUGCAAACUCUCCUUCGGGUACGUCCGUUCGUUUGUGACCCACGCGGUGCACGACCAUCGAAUGACCCUGAGUGAAGACGAGCGGAAAAUUCUUAGCAAUAAGAACAUCUCCGCUAUCAUCCAAGGGAUUGGCAAAGACAAGGAACCCCUUGUGAGUUUUUUGGAACCAAAAAACAAAAACUUUCAACACCCUUUAGUUUCUACGGCUAACCUCAUAGGCCCCGGACACAGUUUUUAUGGGAAAUUUAGUGGCAUUCGGAUGGAAGGGGAGGAGGCUCUCCCAGCCGGCUCUGCUGCUGGCCCCGAGCAGCCCCAGGCUGGUAUCUUGACCCCCAGCACCCUCUUGAACCUUGGCGGGCUCACCAGCUCGGUCCUGAAGACCCCCAUUACCUCAGUCCCCCUGGGGCCUCUGGCCUCCAGUCCUACCAAAUCCUCAGAGGGCAAGGACUCUGGGGCAGCAGAAGGAGAGAAGCAAGAAGUAGGCGAUCCGGAUUGUUUCUCUGAGAAAGCAGAGCCAGCUGAGGAGGAGGCAGAGGAGGAAGAGGAGGAAGAAGAGGCAGAGGAGGAGGAGGAAGAAGAAGAGGAGGAAGAAGAGGAGGAGGAAGACGAGGGUUGCAAAGGACUCUUUCCAAGCGAGUUGGACGACGAACUGGAGGACAGGCCCCACGAGGAGGCUGGGCCCGUGGCAGGUAGCAGCAGCAAAAAGGACCUUGCUCUCUCAAACCAAAGCAUUUCUAACUCCCCCUUAAUGCCUAAUGUGCUCCAGACCCUGUCGAGGGGCACAGCUUCUACUAGUUCUAAUUCUGCUUCUUCCUUUGUUGUCUUUGAUGGUGCGAACAGGAGGAAUCAUUUAAGCUUUAACAGUGAGGGCGUCAGGGCCAAUGUGGCAGAGGGCGGCAGGAGGCUGGACUUUGCUGACGAAAGUGCCAAUAAAGACAAUGCCACAGCACCAGAACCAAAUGAAAGCACAGAGGGCGACGAUGGGGGCUUUGUCCCCCAUCACCAGCACGCUGGCUCCCUCUGCGAGCUUGGGGUUGGGGAAUGCCCCUCGGGGAGCGGCGUGGAGUGCCCCAAAUGCGACACGGUCCUGGGCUCCUCCCGCUCGCUGGGCGGCCACAUGACCAUGAUGCAUUCUCGUAACUCAUGUAAGACACUUAAGUGCCCCAAGUGCAACUGGCACUACAAGUACCAGCAGACACUGGAGGCUCACAUGAAGGAGAAGCACCCGGAGCCGGGGGGCUCCUGUGUCUACUGCAAAAGCGGGCAGCCCCACCCUCGGUUGGCACGAGGUGAGAGCUACACGUGUGGUUACAAGCCUUUCCGCUGUGAGGUGUGUAACUACUCCACAACUACCAAAGGCAACCUCAGUAUUCAUAUGCAGUCCGACAAGCAUCUCAACAACAUGCAGAACCUGCAGAAUGGAGGAGGGGAGCAGGUGUUCAGCCACUCGGCCGGGGCGGCGGCGGCGGCGGCGGCGGCCGCGGCCGCGGCGGCCAACAUCGGCAGCUCCUGCGGGGCCCCCUCGCCCACCAAACCAAAAACCAAACCCACCUGGCGGUGCGAGGUGUGCGAUUACGAGACCAACGUGGCCAGGAACCUGCGCAUCCACAUGACCAGCGAGAAGCACAUGCAUAACAUGAUGCUGCUGCAGCAGAACAUGUCCCAGAUUCAACACAACCGCCACCUGGGCCUCGGCAGCCUGCCCUCGCCCGCCGAGGCCGAGCUUUACCAAUACUACCUGGCCCAGAACAUGAACCUGCCCAACCUGAAAAUGGACAACACUGCCUCGGACGCCCAGUUCAUGAUGAGUGGAUUCCAGCUGGAUCCCACCGGGCCCAUGGCCGCCAUGACGCCUGCUCUAGUGGGCGGUGAGAUCCCCCUAGACAUGCGCCUCGGGGGCGGGCAACUGGUGUCGGAGGAGCUGAUGAACCUGGGCGAGAGCUUCAUCCAGACCAACGACCCAUCUCUGAAGCUCUUCCAGUGUGCCGUGUGCAACAAGUUCACCACGGACAACCUGGACAUGCUGGGGCUGCACAUGAACGUGGAGCGCAGCCUCCCAGAGGACGAGUGGAAGGCCGUGAUGGGGGACUCGUACCAGUGCAAACUCUGCCGCUACAACACCCAGCUCAAGGCCAACUUCCAGCUGCACUGUAAGACCGACAAGCAUGUGCAGAAGUACCAGCUGGUGGCCCACAUCAAGGAGGGUGGCAAAGCCAAUGAGUGGCGGCUCAAGUGUGUGGCCAUCGGCAACCCUGUCCAUCUCAAGUGCAACGCGUGUGACUACUACACCAACAGCCUGGAGAAGCUGCGGCUGCACACGGUCAACUCCAGACACGAGGCCAGCCUGAAGCUGUACAAGCACCUGCAGCAGCACGAGAGCGGAGUGGAGGGCGAAAGUUGCUAUUACCACUGCGUCCUGUGCAACUACUCCACCAAGGCCAAGCUGAACCUCAUCCAGCACGUGCGCUCCAUGAAGCACCAGCGCAGCGAGAGCCUGCGCAAGCUGCAGCGGCUGCAGAAGGGCCUUCCCGAGGAGGACGAGGACCUGGGGCAGAUCUUCACCAUCCGCAGGUGCCCCUCCACCGAUCCGGAAGAAGCCAUUGAAGAUGUUGAAGGGCCCAGUGAAGCGCCUGCUGACCCAGAGGAGCUUGCUAAAGACCAGGAGAGUGGAGGCGAGAAAGACCAGAGCAAGUGGACAGCAUCGUCCAGCCAAGCAGAGAAGGAGCUGACAGAUUCUCCCGCGACCUCCAAACGCAUCUCCUUCACAGGUAGCUCAGAAUCUCCUCUUUCUUCAAAGCGACCUAAAACAACAGAGGAGACCAAAUCAGAGCAGAUGUACCAGUGUCCCUACUGCAAGUACAGCAAUGCCGACGUCAACCGCCUCCGGGUGCACGCCAUGACGCAGCACUCCGUGCAGCCCAUGCUGCGUUGCCCCCUGUGCCAGGACAUGCUCAACAACAAGAUCCACCUCCAGCUGCACCUCACCCACCUCCACAGCGUGGCACCUGACUGCGUGGAGAAACUCAUUAUGACGGUGACCACCCCUGAGAUGGUGAUGCCCAGCAGCAUGUUCCUCCCAGCAGCUGUUCCAGAUCGAGACGGGAACUCCAAUCUGGAGGAGGCAGGAAAGCAGCCUGAAACCUCAGAGGAUUUGGGAAAGAACAUCUUGCCCUCUGUAAGCACAGAGCACAGUGGAGAUUUGAAACCUUCUCCUGCUGACCCAGGGGCUGUGAGAGAAGAUUCAGGCUUCCUGUGCUGGAAGAAGGGGUGCAACCAGGUUUUCAAAACUUCUGCCACUCUUCAGACCCACUUCAAUGAGGUUCAUGCCAAGCGGCCUCAGCUGCCUGUGUCAGAUCGCCAUGUGUACAAGUAUCGCUGUAAUCAAUGCAGCCUGGCUUUCAAGACCAUUGAAAAGCUCCAGCUCCAUUCUCAGUACCACGUGAUCAGAGCUGCCACCAUGUGCUGUCUUUGUCAGCGCAGUUUCCGAACUUUCCAGGCUCUGAAAAAACACCUUGAGACAAGCCACCUGGAGUUGAGUGAGGCCGACAUCCAACAGCUUUAUGGUGGCCUUCUGGCCAACGGGGACCUCCUAGCAAUGGGAGACCCUACCCUGGCCGAGGACCACACCAUAAUUGUUGAGGAAGACAAGGAGGAAGAGAGUGAUUUGGAAGAUAAACAGAGCCCAACAGGCAGUGACUCUGGGUCGGUACAAGAAGACUCAGGCUCAGAGCCAAAGAGAGCUCUACCUUUCAGGAAAGGCCCCAACUUCACCAUGGAAAAAUUUCUAGACCCCUCUCGCCCUUACAAGUGUACCGUCUGCAAGGAAUCCUUCACUCAAAAAAAUAUCCUGUUAGUGCACUACAAUUCUGUCUCCCACCUGCAUAAGUUAAAGAGAGCCCUUCAAGAGUCGGCAACUGGUCAGCCCGAACCCACCAGCAGCCCAGACAACAAACCUUUCAAGUGUAACACUUGUAAUGUGGCCUAUAGCCAGAGUUCCACUUUGGAGAUCCACAUGAGGUCUGUGUUGCAUCAAACCAAGGCCCGAGCAGCCAAGUUGGAGGCUGCAAGUGGCAAUAGCAAUGGGACUGGGAAUAGCAGCAGUGUCUCCCUGAGCUCCUCCACCCCAAGUCCUGUAAGCACCAGUGGCAGUAACACCUUUACCACCACCAAUCCAAGCAGUGCUGGCAUCGCUCCGAGCUCCAACUUACUGAGCCAAGUGCCCGCUGAAAGCGUAGGGAUGCCGCCCCUGGGGAAUCCCAUCGGCGCCAAUAUCACUUCCCCUUCAGAGCCCAAGGAGGCGAAUCGGAAGAAGCUAGCAGAUAUGAUUGCAUCCAGGCAGCAACAACAGCAGCAACAACAAGCACAGACACUGGCCCAGGCCCAGGCUCAAGUUCAAGCUCACCUGCAGCAGGAGCUGCAGCAGCAGGCUGCCCUGAUCCAGUCUCAGCUGUUCAACCCCACCCUCCUUCCUCACUUCCCCAUGACCACAGAGACCCUGCUGCAGCUCCAGCAGCAGCAGCAUCUCCUCUUCCCCUUCUACAUCCCCAGUGCAGAGUUCCAGCUCAACCCUGAGGUGAGCUUGCCAGUGACCAGCGGGGCACUGACGCUGACGGGGACGGGCCCGGGCCUGCUGGAUGAUCUGAAGGCUCAGGUUCAGAUCCCACCGCAGAGCCACCAGCAGAUCCUACAGCAGCAGCAGCAGCAAAGCCAGUUGUCUCUGUCCCAGAGUCACUCGGCCCUUCUGCAGCCAAGCCAGCACCCCGAAAAGAAAAACAAACUGAUCGUCAAAGAAAAGGAAAAAGAAAGCCAGAGAGAGAGGGACAGUGCUGAGGUGGGAGAGGGCAAUCCAGCACCCAAGGAAUCGCUGCCGGAUGCCUUGAAGGCUAAAGAGAAGAAAGAGUUAGCACCGGCAGGUAGUUCUGAGCCUUCCAUGCUCCCUCCGCGCAUCGCCUCAGAUGCGAGAGGGAACGCCACCAAGGCCUUACUGGAGAACUUUGGCUUUGAGCUGGUCAUUCAGUACAACGAGAACAAACAGAAGGUGCAGAAGAAGAAUGGGAAGACUGAGCAGGGAGAGAACCUGGAAAAGCUGGAGUGUGACUCCUGUGGCAAGUUGUUUUCUAACAUCUUGAUUUUAAAGAGUCAUCAAGAGCACGUUCACCAAAACUACUUUCCCUUUAAACAGUUAGAGAGAUUUGCUAAACAGUACCGAGAGCACUACGAUAAACUGUACCCCCUGAGGCCCCAGACCCCGGAGCCCCCACCACCACCUCCCCCACCCCCUCCUCCACCCCCACUUCCCUCAGCACCGCCUCAGCCAGCUUCCACGCCAGCCAUCCCUGCAUCGGCCCCGCCCAUCACUUCACCGACGAUCGCACCGACCCAGCCAUCUGUGCCACUCACCCAGCUCUCCAUGCCCAUGGAGCUGCCCAUCUUCUCCCCGCUGAUGAUGCAGACGAUGCCACUGCAGACCUUGCCGGCUCAGCUUCCCCCUCAACUUGGACCUGUGGAGCCUCUGCCUGCGGACCUGGCCCAGCUGUAUCAGCAUCAGCUCAAUCCAAGCCUGCUCCAGCAACAGAACAAGAGGCCUCGCACCAGAAUCACAGAUGACCAGCUCCGGGUCCUGCGACAGUAUUUUGACAUUAACAACUCCCCCAGUGAAGAGCAGAUCAAAGAAAUGGCAGACAAGUCUGGGUUGCCCCAGAAGGUGAUCAAGCACUGGUUCAGAAACACCCUCUUCAAAGAGAGGCAGCGUAACAAGGAUUCCCCUUACAACUUUAGCAAUCCUCCUAUCACCAGCCUGGAGGAGCUCAAGAUUGACUCCCGGCCCCCUUCUCCGGAACCGCAGAAGCAGGAGUACUGGGGAAGCAAGAGGUCUUCAAGAACAAGGUUUACAGAUUACCAACUGAGAGUCCUACAGGAUUUCUUUGAUGCCAAUGCUUACCCAAAGGAUGAUGAAUUUGAGCAACUCUCUAAUUUACUGAACCUUCCAACCCGAGUCAUAGUGGUGUGGUUUCAAAAUGCCCGACAGAAGGCCAGGAAAAAUUAUGAGAAUCAGGGGGAGGGCAAAGAUGGAGAGCGGCGCGAGCUUACAAACGAUAGGUAUAUUCGAACAAGCAACUUGAACUACCAGUGCAAAAAAUGUAGCCUGGUGUUUCAGCGCAUCUUUGAUCUCAUCAAGCAUCAGAAGAAGCUGUGUUACAAAGAUGAGGAUGAGGAGGGGCAGGAUGACAGCCAAAAUGAGGAUUCCAUGGAUGCCAUGGAAAUCCUGACACCCACCAGCUCCUCCUGCAGCACCCCAAUGCCCUCACAGGCAUACAGCGCCCCAGCAUCAUCGGCCAACACAGCUUCCUCUGCUUUCUUACAGCUCACGGCAGAGGCUGACGAACUGGCCACUUUUAGUUCAAAAACAGAGGCGAGUGAUGAGAAACCAAAGCAGGCUGAACCUCCCAGUGCACAGCCAAGCCAAACCCAAGAAAAGCAAGGACAACCAAAGGCAGAGCUGCAGCAGCAAGACCAGCCUGAGCAGAAGACAAACACAGCCCAGCAAAAGCUCCCACAGCUCACUUCCCCUGCUGCGUUGCCACAGCCUCCUCCACAAGCACCCCCACCUCAGUGCCCCUUACCCCAGUCAAGCCCCAGUCCUUCCCAGCUCUCCCACCUGCCCCUCAAGCCCCUCCACACGUCGACUCCUCAACAGUUGGCAAACCUACCUCCUCAGCUAAUCCCCUACCAGUGUGACCAAUGUAAGUUGGCAUUUCCAUCGUUUGAGCACUGGCAGGAGCAUCAGCAGCUUCAUUUUCUGAGUGCACAGAAUCAGUUCAUCCACCCCCAGUUUUUGGACAGGUCACUGGAUAUGCCUUUCAUGCUGUUUGACCCUAGUAACCCACUCCUGGCAAGCCAGCUGCUCUCUGGGGCCAUACCUCAGAUUCCAGCCAGCUCGGCCACUUCUCCUUCAACUCCGACCUCCACAAUGAACACUCUGAAGAGGAAGCUGGAGGAAAAGGCCAGUGCAAGCCCUGGAGAAAAUGACAGUGGGACAGGAGGAGAAGAACCUCAGAGAGACAAGCGUUUGAGGACAACUAUUACACCAGAACAGCUAGAAAUACUGUACCAAAAGUAUCUAUUAGACUCCAAUCCAACUCGAAAGAUGUUGGAUCACAUUGCGCAUGAGGUGGGCUUAAAGAAACGUGUGGUACAAGUCUGGUUUCAGAAUACCCGAGCCCGGGAACGGAAAGGACAGUUCCGGGCUGUGGGCCCAGCCCAGGCCCAUAGGAGAUGCCCCUUUUGCAGAGCACUCUUCAAAGCCAAGACUGCCCUUGAGGCUCAUAUCCGGUCCCGUCAUUGGCAUGAAGCCAAGAGAGCUGGCUACAACCUUACUCUGUCUGCAAUGCUCCUAGACUGUGAUGGGGGACUUCAGAUGAAAGGAGAUAUUUUUGAUGGAACCAGUUUUUCCCACCUACCCCCAAGCAGUAGUGAUGGCCAAGGUGUGCCCCUCUCACCUGUGAGUAAAACCAUGGAGUUGUCUCCCAGAACUCUUCUUAGCCCUUCUUCCAUCAAGGUGGAAGGGAUUGAAGACUUUGAAAGCCCCUCCAUGUCCUCAGUUAAUCUAAACUUUGACCAAACCAAGCUGGACAAUGACGACUGUUCCUCUGUCAACACAGCAAUCACAGAUACCACUACAGGAGACGAGGGCAACGCAGAUAAUGACAGUGCAACGGGAAUAGCAACUGAAACCAAAUCCUCCUCUGCACCCAAUGAAGGGUUGACCAAAGCGGCCAUGAUGGCAAUGUCUGAGUAUGAAGAUCGGUUGUCAUCGGGUCUGGUCAGUCCAGCCCCAAGCUUUUACAGCAAGGAAUAUGACAAUGAAGGUACAGUGGACUAUAGUGAAACCUCAAGCCUUGCAGACCCCUGCUCCCCGAGUCCUGGUGCAAGUGGGUCAGCAGGCAAAUCUGGAGACAGUGGGGAUCGGCCAGGGCAGAAACGUUUUCGCACUCAGAUGACCAAUCUGCAGCUCAAAGUCCUCAAGUCAUGCUUUAAUGACUACAGGACACCCACCAUGCUAGAGUGUGAGGUCCUGGGCAAUGAUAUUGGACUGCCAAAGAGAGUUGUUCAGGUCUGGUUCCAGAAUGCCCGGGCAAAAGAAAAGAAGUCCAAGUUAAGCAUGGCCAAGCAUUUUGGUAUAAACCAAACAAGUUACGAGGGACCGAAAACAGAGUGCACUUUGUGUGGCAUCAAGUACAGCGCUAGGCUGUCUGUACGUGACCAUAUCUUUUCCCAACAGCAUAUCUCCAAAGUUAAAGACACCAUUGGAAGCCAGUUGGACAAGGAGAAAGAAUACUUUGACCCAGCCACUGUACGUCAGUUGAUGGCUCAACAAGAGUUGGACCGGAUUAAAAAGGCCAAUGAGGUCCUCGGACUGGCAGCUCAGCAGCAAGGGAUGUUUGACAAUGCCCCUCUUCAGGCUCUCAACCUUCCUACAGCAUAUCCCACGCUCCAGGGCAUUCCUCCUGUGUUGCUCCCCAGCCUCAACAGCCCCUCUUUGCCGGGCUUUACUCCAUCCAACACAGCUUUAACAUCUCCUAAACCGAACUUGAUGGGUCUGCCCAGCACAACAGUUCCUUCCCCUGGCCUCCCCACAUCUGGAUUACCAAAUAAACCAUCCUCAGCAUCGCUGAGCUCCCCGACCCCAGCACAAGCCACCAUGGCGAUGGCCCCUCAGCAACCCCCCCAACCCCAGCAGCAGCUACAGGUGCAGCCGCCGCCGCCCGCAGCCCAGCCACCAGCUGCACCACAGCUCCCACCCCAACAGCAGCGCAAGGACAAAGACAGUGAGAAGGUCAAGGAGAAGGAAAAGGCACAGAAAGGGAAAGGGGAGCCCCUCCCUGUCCCCAAGAAGGAGAAAGGAGAGGCCCCCACAGCGGCCACAGCCACGAUCUCAGCCCCGCUGCCCGCCAUGGAGUAUGCAGUGGACCCUGCGCAGCUGCAGGCCCUGCAGGCAGCCUUGACUUCGGACCCCACAGCGUUGCUCACGAGCCAGUUCCUUCCUUACUUUGUACCAGGCUUCUCUCCUUACUAUGCCCCCCAGAUCCCCGGCGCCCUGCAGAGCGGGUACCUGCAGCCUAUGUAUGGCAUGGAAGGCCUGUUCCCCUACAGCCCUGCACUGUCGCAGGCCCUGAUGGGGCUGUCCCCGGGCUCCCUACUGCAGCAGUACCAGCAAUACCAGCAGAGUCUGCAGGAGGCGAUCCAGCAGCAGCAGCAGCGGCAACUGCAGCAGCAGCAGCAAAAAGUGCAGCAGCAGCCCAAAGCAAGCCAAACCCCAGUCCCCCAGGGGGCUGCUUCCCCAGACAAAGACCCUGCCAAAGAAUCCCCCAAACCAGAAGAGCAGAAAAACGCACCCCGUGAGGUGUCCCCCCUCCUGCCGAAACCCCCUGAAGAGCCAGAAGCAGAAAGCAAAAGUGCGGACUCCCUCUAUGACCCCUUCAUUGUUCCAAAGGUGCAGUACAAGUUGGUCUGCCGCAAGUGCCAGGCGGGCUUCGGUGACGAGGAGGCGGCAAGGAGUCACCUGAAGUCCCUCUGCUUCUUCGGCCAGUCUGUGGUGAACCUGCAAGAGAUGGUGCUUCACGUCCCCACGGGCGGCGGCGGCAGUGGCGGCGGCAGCGGUGGCGGCGGUGGCGGCGGCGGCUCGUACCACUGCCUGGCGUGCGAGAGCGCGCUCUGUGGGGAGGAAGCUCUGAGUCAACAUCUCGAGUCGGCCUUGCACAAACACAGAACAAUCACGAGAGCAGCAAGAAACGCCAAAGAGCACCCUAGUUUAUUACCUCACUCUGCCUGCUUCCCCGAUCCUAGCACCGCAUCUACCUCGCAGUCUGCCGCUCACUCAAACGACAGCCCCCCUCCCCCGUCGGCCGCCGCCCCCUCCUCGUCCUCCGCUUCCCCCCACGCCUCCAGGAAGUCUUGGCCGCAAGUGGUCUCCCGGGCUUCGGCCGCGAAGCCCCCUUCUUUUCCUCCUCUCUCCUCAUCUUCAACGGUUACCUCAAGUUCAUGCAGCACCUCAGGGGUUCAGCCCUCGAUGCCAACAGACGACUAUUCGGAGGAGUCUGACACGGAUCUCAGCCAAAAGUCCGACGGACCGGCGAGCCCGGUGGAGGGUCCCAAAGACCCCAGCUGCCCCAAGGACAGUGGUCUGACCAGUGUAGGAACGGACACCUUCAGAUUGUAAGCUUUGAAGAUGAACAAUAACAAACAAAUGAAUUUAAAUAAAAAAGAUUAAUAACAAACCAAUUUCAAAAAUAGACUAACUGCAAUUCCAAAGCUUCUAACCAAAAAAAAAAAAAAAAAAAAAAAAAAAAGGAAAAAAAGAAAAAGCGUGGGUUGUUUUCCCAUAUACCUAUCUAUGCCGGUGAUUUUACAUUCUUUUCUUUUUUCUUUCAAUAUUAAAAAAAAAAAACAACAAAAAACAACAAAAAAAAAAAAACAAAAAAACCCACCUUAACCCUGUUACAUUGUGUCCUUUUGAAGGUACUAUUGGUCUGGGAAACAGAAGUCCGCAGGGCCUCCCUAAUGUCUUUGGAGCUUAAACCCCUUGUAUAUUUGCCCUCUUUUCAAUAAACGCCCCAUGUUGAUAGCACAGAGGAGCCCGGCAUGCACUGUAUGGGAAAGCAGUCCACCUUGUUACAGUUUUAAAUUUCUUGCUAUCUUAGCAUUCAGAUACCAAUGGCUUGCUAAAAGAAAAAAAGAAAUGUAAUGUCUUUUUAUUCUCAGGUCAAUCGCUCACACUUUGUUCUGUUUUCAGAAUCAUUGUUUUAUAAUAUAUUAUUUUUUCAGUUUUUCUUUUGUUCCAGAAAAGAUUUUUUUGUUAAUUUAAAAACGGGCAGAAAGUAUUCGAGAAAAACAAUGUGAACUGCUUUAGCUUUCUGGGGAUUUAAAGGAUAGCUUUUCUGCUGAAGCCAAUUUCAAGGGGAAAAGUUAAGCACUCCCACUUUCAGAAAAAAAAAAAACAAA